ACGGAGAGCACAGAGGACAAAUCCCCCCGGCAGAGCCUGGUGGGAGAGGCCGUUUUGAAGGGCUCCCCGGCGCAGGAAGGCAGCGGGGAGGAAAAGGCCCGGAGAUGCCCCCGGAGGAGGGGCUGCAAAGCCAGCCCAGGGAGCUCUGAGGAGGAAAGACCCGUCCUGUGCCGGGAAGGCGGCCGGAGCUUGAGCUGGAGCUCCGAGCUGGUGGUCCCUGAGCAGCCUCCCAGCAGGGAGAAGCCCUUCAGGUGCUUGGAAUGUGGGAAGAGCUUCAGGGACAGCUCCGACCUCCUCAGGCACCAGCACAUCCACACUGGGGCACGGCCCUACUCAUGUACGGAAUGUGGGAAGAGCUUCAGGCACAGCUCCAACCUCCGCAUCCACCAGCGCAUCCACACUGGGGAACGGCCAUACGAGUGCUUGGAAUGUGGGAAGAGCUUCAGGGACAGCUCCAACCUGAUCCAGCACCAGAACAUCCACACUGGGGAACGGCCCCACACGUGUGGGGAAUGUGGGAAGAGCUUCAGGCACAGCUCCCACCUGAUCCGACACCAGCGUAUUCACACUGGGGAACGGCCCUACAAGUGCUUGGAAUGUGGGAAGAGGUUUCAAAGCAGCUCCAAUCUCCUCAAGCACCAGCGGACACACACAGAGGAGAGGCCCUUCCGCUGCACCGACUGUGGGAAGGGCUUCAACCUGAACUCCCACCUCAUCACCCACCGGCGCAUCCACACCAGAGAGAGGCCCUUCAAGUGUGGGGAGUGUAGGAAGAGCUUCACCUGCAGCUCUGCCUUGACCCUACACCAACGGGCCCACCGGUAAUGGAAAGCCCUAUGAGUGUCUGACUGCGGGAAGAGCUUUGGGCGCUGCUCCCACCCCGAAUGAACCCCCUGAUGGUGAGGCAACCCCUGGAGUCCAGUGACUGUCAGUCCAUCCCUUUCUACCAGAAAGGACCAGUCCCCUUUCCCAGGGGCAGGUUGUGCCAACAGAACCCUUCUUGGGGGUGUGUGGAGAUUCCUGCCUUGGCUGGGACCCCCCAAGGUCACUGCUGGAGGUUGAGAGCAGAGAUCUCCCCACGAACGUUGGUCUGGGGGAGUUCCAUCCCUCUCUAAUUCAUAAUUCUUGUUUUGGUGCCAGCUUGAGUAGAAUUGCUUCAACAAUUGCUUUUUGCUUUAGUGUAGAGCACUGUCCCAUCUUAUCCUGUACUACUGGUAGUUUUAGUAUUUCUAUUGUGCAGGAAAUAAUUCUGAUGAAGAUCUUUUGUCUGAUCAUUUGUAACCCUAAAGAAUUCGUUUCUAUCAAUAGAUUGGAGUUGUCAUCAUUAAAGCCCUGGUUCAGUCCCA